AUGUCCCUCCAAACUCCACUAUGCCCUCUCCUCAAAAUACAACAUCCCAUCCUCCUAGCCGGCAUGGCCCGCGCAUCCGGCGCCCGUCUCGCUGCCGCCGUCUCCAACGCAGGUGGUCUCGGUACCGUAGGCGGACUAGGCUACUCACCAGACCAACUAUCCGAGAUCCUGACAGAACUCAAAUCCCUCCUUCGCAAUCCCAACCUGCCAUUCGGUGUCGAUCUCGCCCUACCACAAGUUGGCGGUGGGGCGCGCGCGACGAACCACGACUACACGCAUGGGAAGCUGGAUGAACUGAUUGACGUGACCAUCAAGCAUGGGGCGAAACUGUUCGUCUCCGCGGUGGGUGUACCGCCGGAGCGGGUCAUAAAGCGUCUCCAUGAGGCUGGAAUUCUAGUUAUGAAUAUGGUCGGGGCACCAAAACAUGCCGAGAAGGCUUUCCAGAGAGGUGUCGAUAUCGUCUGUGCACAGGGUGGUGAAGGUGGUGGCCAUACAGGUGAUAUCCCAUUCAGUGUGCUUAUUCCGGCCGUGGUAGAUGUUGCCAAGAAGUAUACCAGUCCCUUAACCGGACAGCCAGCCAUGGUAAUUGCGGCGGGAGGGGUCAAUGAUGGUAGGAGCUUGGCUGCGUCGCUGAUGCUAGGCGCCGUUGGUGUCUGGGUUGGGACGAGAUUCGUGGCAUCUGAGGAGAGCGGAGCAAGUCGGAUGCAUAAGGAGAGCGUGGUGAAGGCUGGGUUUGGUGAUACUAAACGGACCCUGGUGAUUUCUGGACGGCCACUACGGGUCUUGCCCAACGAGUACAUCAAAGAAUGGGAGAAGAGACCGGAUGAGAUUGCAAGGUUGACGGCCCAGGGUAUCGUUCCCAUGGAGCAUGAUAUGAACGAGGAGAAGGAUAUAGACUUUCCGUUUCUCAUGGGAGAUGUUUCUGCUAUCAUCAAGGAAAUCAAGCCAGCCGCUGUUAUCGUGGAGGAAAUGGUGCAACAAGCUGUGGAUAUGCUGAAGCUAGGAGGAUCCUAUAUUGGAAGACCAGCGAGCAAACUAUAA